AUGUCUACAUUAAGCAAGAAAUCUCAAGUUAUUAUUGAUUUGAACAAAAUAUUAAAUCUUGAAGAUUCUAUGGAAAUAAAACGAAUGGAAACCGAAUUCGAAUCGAACGGUUGGUGUUUUGUUGUUUUACCAAGUGAACUCAUUUUGAAUUCAAAUUUAACCAAAAAACUGUUGAAAUUUUUUGAAUUUGAUGAAACCAAGAGUAUAUAUUCGCAAUGGCAGAAAAUUUAUGGUUAUUCAAAAAUGAAUCAUAAAGAAGGUAUCAAACUAUUGACUGGAAGCUAUUUUGGCCAAUUUGCAAAUAAAGGAUUAGUACCAGUGACACUUAUUGAACCAUUAAACUAUCUUUCACAAGUACUGGAUACUGUAACAAAACGUUUGAUUGAACUUCUUGAUCAGCAUUCAGUAUUUCAUCAUGAACCAUCUUUAUCAUCUCUCAUCGAACGUGCUGAUCUUCCUUUACAAGAUGAACAUUUUGGUAUGCUUGAUAUUGUAAACUAUUUCAAUAUGAAAAGUGGUUUCCAACCACCGAAGGAUGGACAAACAACUGACGAAGUUAACUGUGUUCCACAUUAUGAUCCAGGUCUAUUUUCACUCAGUAUUUUAUCGACACAUGAAGGACUUCAAUUGAAAAAUUUGAUGAAUAAUGAAUGGAUAGAUGGACCUUUGGAAUCGAACAUUGGUGUCAUAUGGUUGGGAGAAGCAGCAUCUCGAAUAACAGAAAAUCGACUCAAACCAGGUAUUCAUCGAGUUGUUUAUCCUCAAGUAUCAAGACCUCGACUUACAGUCUGGUACGAAUUAUGUACAAUUGAACAAUUGAAAAACAUAAGCGAUGCGAAAAAAAAUGAAUUAAUGGAUAAUGGAACCGUUACGUUUAAAAAUCUUCCUUGGUUAUCUCCAAUGACUGUUUUGUCUGAAGAUGAAACACCUAAAGCUGGUCUCUUUUUCUGUGUAAAUGUAACAAUACGAGUGUUAAGAUCAUUAUCCAUUUCGAUGGAUUCACCUUGUUCUUCUGACAUUGGAGACAAUACACGUUUCGAAGAGUUACAUUCAUUUACUGACAUCGCUGUAACAGGUUUAAUUGGUUGUUUACCGUGUCUUGUGCUGCCAAUAACGAAUUGGUGGACUGCUGAUGGUAAACUAUAG